ACCGCCGUGACCUUCUCCUGAUCUGUCACCUUCAGGCUGGUGUCCUCUGUCCAAGCGGUCAUGGCUGCUGCCUCCGGGAUCGUCGUGGUCCUGAACUGCGACGACGUCAUACGCGACAGGCACUGGCUGGCGGUGGAAUACGUCUGGGUCAUCGUCCCCUACAUGACCUACGACAUCUACGUCAUGUACCUGUGCCACUGGCACAGAAGCAAAGACUCGGGGACGGCGGAGAAGAAGAACUCGCUGGCCAGCGUGAGGAGCUUCCUGAAGAAGGAACGCCUCAUGGUGACCCACCACCUCUUCAUCCUCAUCGUCCUCACACCCAUCACGCAGCACUUCCGCGGGGAGCUGGGGGAUUUCUUCGUCGGCUGCAUCUUCCUGGCAGAACUGAGCACUCCCUUCGUGUCGCUGGGUAAAACCCUGAUGCAGCUAAACAUGCAGGACACACGGCUGCACAAGGUGAAUGGGGUCCUCAUCCUGGUGACCUUCCUCCUCUGCCGCAUCCUGCUCUUCCCCUUCAUGUACGGGGCGUAUGCCCGGCAGGUGGGCAUCCCCCUCUACGCAGCCCCCUUCCACAUCCCCGUGCACUGCAACGUGGCCAAUGCCUGCCUCAUUGCCCCACAGCUCUACUGGUUCGUGCUGAUCUGCAGGAAAGCCCUCCGCCUCUACAGCUGCUCCUCGUCCGACAAGAGCCGAUAGCGGCUGGUGCGGGCCGCGGAGCGCAAGGCUGGGAACAGGGCCAGCACCUGGCACUCUGCCCAGCCGCCUAGCCUGUACAACCGGUGUUGGAGGCACCACCUUGGGGACAGCCGCAUCCCCCUGGGGCAGCGAGGGUGUUUGGAUUUCCACGCUGUCCCCAUGGCGAGCCUGGGAAGCAGCGCCAGCCUCUCGCAGGACUUCUCCCCCUGUAACGCUCGAGCACCCUGCAUCCUGCCCAUGGCACUGCCUGGGCACGAGCCAGUGAGUGGGAGCAUUGCCUGGAGAGGUGCGAGACUCUUGCUGGGAUCAGGCCCUUGGCAAACUGCUCACUUGUUAGAUGCUGCAGACCACGGGGUGGAGAGGGGACAGCUCACAGCACCGCUCCUCCAGCCUGGGAGGGUAUUAAGACCCAGCUAGACAAAGCCUUGGCUGGGGUGACCUAGUCAGGGCCGGUCGUGCUUUGAGCAGGGGGUUGCACAAGAUGUGACCUCCUGAGGUCCUUUCAACCCUCACUGUCUGUUAUUUUAUGACUGAUGCAGCAAAAUGGACUCUGAACAGCCAGGCUGGAGGCUAGGGGGAGACGAGGCCAAAGCCAGUGCUGUAAGGGACCUGGGUGCGACUAGCACUGCUUAGCAUGUGGCAGCAGUGCAAGACCAGUCCUUACCUGGGUGCUGAGAGGGGGGUCUCGCCCCAGGGGGAUGGUGCCGGAGGUGCUGCCCAGAGUCCGUUCCCAUCACCCCAAUGCUGGGGC